GCUAACAUUAGACAAGUUGAUGCUAAGCUAACAGAGGAACUUCUUCUUUGAGUUGGACGCGAUUCCUCCAUUAACCAGUUUGUAAAAAUGAUUCGCAGCAGCACGGAGGAGGUGACAACCGGCGGUGACGCCUCAGACAGCGGACAGACCUGGGCGGCGUCCCCGGUGGACAGAGGCGGACUGAACGAAGCCACCUCACACGGUCCCCGCUCCACCUCCUCCACCUCCUCCGGCUCAUCCCGUCAGAGUUUAGAUGGAGGCUGCUCGAGCUCCGGCCUCAGAGCCACACUCCCUCCAACCGGCCCAGGUCAGUUUCAUCAUGGCGUCACGGUGGGGAGGAUAAAUCCAUCAGUGGUUGCAACCACUUCGGACAGCUCCUCCUUCCGCAGCCAUGUAGGAACACCCAGACUGAGAAGGACCCCUGGGGCCGCAGGCACACAUCCUGCACAGACACCACUUACUGAUCACACUGCAACAAGUUGCUCCUCUGCGACAACACCCUCUGCUGCCUCUGUGAUUGUAGCAGUGGUUGAAGGGCGUGGUUUGGCCAGGGGAGAGAUCGGCAUGGCCAGUCUCAACUUGAAAUGUCCAGAGCUCGUACUUUGUCAGUUUGCAGACACUGGGACGUAUGCCAAGGUCAUAACCAAGAUUCACAUCCUGGUGCCUCUGGAGAUACUGAUGCCAGACACGGCGAGUGAGAAGGGAAAAGGGACCAAGCUGUUCAAACUCAUCACUGAGAACUUUCCGUGUGUUGCUUUCACUGCGAUCCAAAGGAAGUAUUUCAAUGAGAGAAAAGGACUGGAGUACAUUCAGCAGCUGUGCGCUCCAGAAUUUGGCACCGUCCUCAUGGAAGUGCAAGCUAAAUAUUAUUGCCUGGCAGCUGCAGCUGCUUUGCUGAAAUACUUAGAGUUCAUCCAGAACUCUGUCUAUGCUGCCAAGUCUCUUAAAGUGAGCUUUAAAGGGAGUGAGCAGACAACCAUGAUAGACUCAGCCUCUGCCACUAACUUGGAGCUGGUGGUCAAUAACAGAGACCACAGGAGCGAACAUUCUCUUUUAGGAGUGCUUAACCACACAAAAACCCCUGGUGGUGCUAGAAGAUUACGCUCCAACAUUCUGGAGCCUCUGGUCGAUGUGGACACCAUUAACAUACGACUGGACGCUGUGCAUGAGCUGCUACAGGACGAGGAUCUCUUCUUCGGCCUGAAAAAUGCCAUCGGUCAUUUCCUUGACAUUGACCAGCUGCUCUCGGUUCUCGUCCAAAUCCCAAAGCAGGAAACAGUUCAGGUUGCUGAAGCAAAGAUCACACAUGUCAUUCAGCUGAAACACACAUUGGAUCUGGUGCCAAGGUUAAGGAUGGUGUUGAAGAACUGCAACACAGCUCUACUUAAAGCCUACAGCACCUCACUGGAAGACACCAGGUUUGACUUGAUCCUAGAGCAGAUCAAGACAGUGAUUAAUGACGACACGACCUACCUGAAGGGGAGUCUGAACAUGCGCACUCAGAAGUGUUACGCCGUGCGCCCCAAUGUCAACGAGUUCCUCGACAUUGCCCGCAGAGCCUACACCGAGAUAGUGGACGACAUUGCCGGGCUAGUGAACCAAAUGGGGGAGAAAUACGGCUUUCCAAUGCGAACCAGCUUCAGCACAGCUCGAGGAUUCUUCAUCCAGAUGAAGCUUGAAGGUGUGGUUCUGCCUGGAGGGAAUCUGCCGCCAGAGUUCAUCAAGGUUUCCAAGCUCAAGAACAACUACGGCUUCACCACUGCAGACCUGAUGAAGAUGAACGACCGCUGCGAUGAGGCCCUGAGGGAGAUCUUUCAUAUUUCUUAUGUGGUGAUAUGUCAACUGCUGAGCACCGUCCACGAGCACAUCCACUGUCUGUACAAGCUCUCUGAUGCUGUCUCCAUGCUGGACAUGCUGCUGUCUCUGGCUAACGCAUGCACCAUCUCAGACUAUGUGCGUCCAGAGUUCACAGACACUCUGGCAAUAAAGCAGGGUCGUCACCCCAUACUGGAGCGAAUGGCUGGACAGCAGCCUGUAUCGAACAAUAGCUACAUCUCCGAGGGCAGCAACUUUGUCAUCAUCACUGGACCCAACAUGAGUGGCAAGUCCACCUACCUCAAACAGGUGGCGCUGUGUCAGAUCAUGGCUCAAAUAGGAUCUUUCGUUCCGGCUGACUACGCCUCUUUUCGUGUUGCUGAUCAGAUCUUUACCAGAAUUGGUGUCGACGAUGAUUUUGAAACUAACUCUUCCACCUUCAUGUUGGAAAUGAAAGAAAUCUCUUACAUCAUCCACAAUGCAAGUGACAGGUCCCUGAUCAUCAUAGAUGAGCUGGGACGUGGUACCGGUGCUGAAGAGGGCAUUGGCCUCUGUCACUCAGUGUGUGAGUUCCUCCUCGGUCUCAAGGCGUUCACCCUGUUUGCUACACACUUUCUUGAGCUGUGUCAACUGGAGUCUCUUUACCCAAACGUGGAGAACCAGCACAUGGAGGUUCAGCACACGCGCAGUGUUGACACUGACGAUGAGAGUGUGGUGUACACGUAUCUGCUGAGUCGAGGAUGCUCCGAGGAGAGGCACUAUGGUCUGAGAGCAGCAGAAAUGACUGCCCUCCCUUCAAGUUUAAUCCAAGAGGCAAAGAUAAUAGCCUCUAAUGUCAGCCAGCAGCUCUUGGCCAAACAUCAUAGUGAUCCAGAAACACAGAGGCAGAGAGCUGUGUACCACCUGGCCACUCGCCUCCUGCAGGCUGCCAGGAACUCCAGACUGGACCCAGACAGCCUGCGGAUGUAUCUGAAAGGCCUGAGGAAGCAGUAUGAGGCAGAGCUGCAGGCCGCAGGGCAGCCAGAGUCAAUGGACACAGAGGAGGAGUGACUGACUCAGCUCUACAGAGGGGAGGGACGGGGAAUCAGCAUCAGUGUCUGAUGAUCAUCACAGGGCAUUUAUUUAUAUUGGCUGGAUUUGACAUUAAAAUAGAUUUAUUUGAAAGCCAGUGGUUUUCUGUUGUCAUUAUUACAAUUCUAACAAAUGUAGUAAUAGGAAAAGAAAUGUAUCUUUUAUUAUUUGCAUAAAUUUGCUAUUUUGUGUAUAUCUGUCUUUUUGUAUAGUAUAUUUUUUCAACAACUUGUGCAGCAUCGCAUGCGGUUAGCUAACACACUGUCACUGGUGUGUAUGGAAAGAGGGGGACGAGAGAAUAUCUGCUUCUUACAUAAAAGACAAAUCAAUGUUCAGGUUUCUUCAACAAGCUCCUUUAGCCAGGGAGAAAUGUACAUUACCAGUUAUUGUCCUGGGUGUGUUUGUGUUUUUCAUUAAACGAGCUAGUCAAGCAAAUGUUUUCAAAUCAAUUAAUCAAUUGAAUAUUUUUUCAAGUAGUGCCUUAAUCUAACAAUUAUUUUUCAGUUUCUUAUUUGAAAAAAAAUUCUGAUUAGUGGAUUAAUUCUUUGUUAUCCAAGCAAUCAAAAACCAUAACUUCCACAGUUAAUGUUUUAAUCGGGUUAAAUGCCUGAAAAAGUUAUGGGCCGUUAUUUCGAGAUCUUGAAUCAGCAUAUAUGUGGGUACCUGGGACUGCACAACUGCUAUAUUAAACUGCAGUACUGAGCUGUACCUAAUAAAUUGGUAACAAAGUGUAUAUUCUGUGUAUGUCUGAAGUGUAGCUUUCACUGUAUGAAGAGAUAAAACACACUUUGUUUAGCAGAGUUUCCAGACUGACUGAAAAUCUGUUUGAUUAGACCGUUAACACAGACCGAGUUUGAGCGGAGCCGUGUAUUGUGCGUUCUGGUUUGAUAUAAAGCCUAUGGUAACAUCA